AUGGAUCUCAACUCGAGAGACUACUCUGGUGCUCCUCAGCAGUAUUGCUCUUCAUACAGAUCUACCAUGCACGCCUCUCCAUACCCUACUCCUCCUCAAACCCAUGCGCACACGCAGCCCUUGUCAAGUCAUACGCCGGCGAUGGUUGGACUGGAGCUACUAGACUGCCACCCAAAUCAACAGCUUCCUAUUUGCACACAACCUCUUCUUCCGGCCUCCGUUAGCUGGCCCAACGAUCCAAGCGCAACUCAGUGCUACUCGAGCCCGUCACCCAAUUUAGGCGACUACCAGGGGCUGGGAAUAUACGGAAGCAUUGACGCGAUUGCGACGACAAGCUCGCCGUUCAUCACUCCUAAUACGGAUGUGUCUGUGCCUAAUACAAUGACCUUCCUUAGUCCUCCUUCAAUGACUCGAAAGCCAGCCAACGUUACCUACCAACGGGCACCAGUCCUCGCGGAUAUUGGUCUCCAGUACCCGGAAAUCCCAGCCCACAGGCAAUCUACAACGAGCAAACGGAUGAAGAUUACUCAUGAUGAAGGAACAGGUCACAAUGCUGUCCAGAGGACUCCCGUCCAACAACUUGCUUUGCCUUAUUCUUAUGAAACAGGAUAUACUAGCCCUGCUGAGCCCAAUCGAGUUUCUGCCAACACACUUCUCGAGCUAGACAAUAACAUCAAGAGGCCCGCAGUUAAUCGGAGAUUACCAAGGGAAACACGACCGUCGUCGAACAAUACAAAUACUGCUACCCAGGUUACCUGUUCUACCGCGACUUUUAACAAUGAGGUUAGGAAGCAGCCGCCCAAAGCCGUGGCCACGGCCAAAGGUAAAUUCGAAUGCCCAACAUGCGGUAUGCAGUUUACACGAAAUUCAAAUUGCAAGUCACACAUGAAGAUACACGACCCAAACCGAAAAUUCCCCCAUAAAUGUACAGUCGGGCAGUGUACAAAGCAGUUCAGCCGCAAGACGGACUUGGUUCGACAUGUUGAUAGUCCAUUGCGAAGAUGGGUGCAGGAAACAGCAACGCCAGGCUCAGCGUGCUGCUGCCGCUUCCAAAGUCCCAUUAACUGA